GUGCCUCCCUCGCGGACGGGGUCGGCCAGCUGAAUCCGCCAUGCAGCUGCAGCUGGGGCUGCUCUGGCUCCUGGUGCCGGGCUCGGCCGCGCUGGAGCCCAUCAGCCUGAGCAUCGCCAUCGGGGCGGCCUCGGUGCUCACCGGCUACCUCUCCUACCCCAGCUUCUACUGCGGCUUCGUGGAGUGCUGCCCCGGGGAGGCGGACCGGCCCAAUACCACCGCACUGAAGGAGGAUCUGGAUAAUAAACUCUUUGGACAGCACCUUGCCAAAGACGUGAUCCUGAAAGCAGUGACUGGAUUCAGAAACAACCCAAAUCCCAAAAAGCCACUCGCUCUCUCCCUACACGGCUGGGGAGGCACGGGUAAAAACUUUGUCAGCCAAUUCAUUGCAAAGAGCAUUCAUAAAGCAGGACAGAAAAGCAAAUUUGUUCAUCUCUUUAUAGCCACGCUACACUUCCCACAUGAUCAUCAGAUUACACUGUAUAAGGAUCAAUUGCAAACGUGGAUUCGGGGUAACGUGAGCGCCUGUGCCAGGUCCGUGUUCAUAUUUGAUGAAAUGGAUAAAUUGCACCCUGGCCUCAUUGAUGCCAUCAAGCCAUUCUUAGACUAUUAUGAGCAGAUUGAUGGGGUGUCCUACCGGAGAGCCAUCUUUAUCUUUCUCAGUAAUGCAGGUGCGGAUUUAAUUAAUAAAGUGGCUCUGGACUUCUGGAGGAGUGGAAAAGACAGGAAGCAGAUUCAGUUGAAAGACCUGGAACCUGUGUUAUCUGUAGCAGUCUUCAAUAAUAAGAAUAGUGGCUUGUGGCACAGCAGCCUGAUUGAUAGAAACCUCAUUGAUUACUUUGUCCCCUUCCUGCCCCUGGAGUACAAGCAUCUUAAGAUGUGCAUCAGGGCAGAAAUCGAGUCUGGUGGCAAGAAAAUCAACGAGGCGAUCGUUGACGAGGUGGCCAAGGAGAUGACAUUCUUCCCAAAAGAUGAGAAAAUCUACUCUGAUAAAGGCUGCAAGCUUGUGCCGCAGAAGCUGUUGUUUUAUUGGGAGAGGUUAUGAGCAAUAUGGAACUGAGGUGGAACAAGGAACUCUAUGCCCUUUCCUCGCUGAAGCACUUUUAAUGGCAUUUUGAAGUCUGUCUCUUUGCACU